GUGUGUGUGUGUGUGUGUGUGUGUGUGUGAUAAAUAUACCCAUAGCUAGAAAUACAUUUCAUGGGGUGUCCAGCAACCACCCCAGUAGGUCCCCCUUGGUAUAUGCCGACUGGCGGCGCGCAGGGACGGGGUCAAGCAAAUCUUGGGGGGUGAAUUCAACUCAACGGUAAUUUUUACUAGCAGGCUAUGUGCCGGAUAUGUCAUACGGAGAGCAGCUGGUUGACAUGCACCUCAGUGUCCCAGUAGAAACCUGUGCGUAUAGAGACCAGCCCUCAUAACCAAGAAUCACAAGUACUGAUAGUUAAUGCUGAUGAAAGCGAAUGGACGGUGCACCAUAUCAAAGAGUACUAUCCCUUUAAGACGCUCAGGGUCAUAUAAAUAUAACACUGUGCGUUGUUGGACGCUCUGUUCUUACGAGUUGUGUUUGGUAAUGUUAUCCUCAUCUGCAUAUACUGUAUUAAAACACAUUGUGGUAUCUAUUAAUACACCGGAAAAAAAGCAUCACAAUAGCUGUACAAAGGGUCACUCUAGGCCUUCAGCUCCCCUUCAGGAGAGUUCAAGGUCGAACACCCUCCCCUUUUAUGCCACGUCUUUGCCCUAACCUGUGACAUUUCCUGUUAAUUGGAUGAGCUUUUUCAGUAUAACUAAUAACACUUUACUUUAGUACACAAGUAAUUUAGUAUUAUACUAUUACUUAUGUAUUAAUUAAGUCUUAAAUACAUACAGAUUUCAUGUAAAUUCAUCAUUAAUUAACUGUGAUGCAUGUUUUUUCAGACGAAGUUACUAUAUUUGUUAAUUCUGUAAACCUUUUUAAACUACUGAAGGAGCAAGUCAUGAGUAACACAAGUGAAAUACUGGCCAUGUUUGUUCAUCAUUAAUGAAUCGUGACGCAUCUUUUAUCUCAAGUAGCACCUAUAUUUGUUUAUGAUUUGUUCAUGAUUUGUACUUCAGUAACUCAGUUAUUAUUACGUAUUUGUGCCCCGUCACGUAAACUGUUACCAUAUAAUGCUAAUGAUACAUCUCAACUGGUGAUAACACAAAUCCCCAUAUGUAACCUCAGUGAAUGUAAUCUGCGAGACCCUUUCAUGCCAGUCACGACACCUUCUGGCAAUAUCGUUACUGCCAAGGAUCAUGUGAACCUCAGCCCUAACUUACUGUAUAUCUUCACAUUUCAGACCAAAGUAACUCUGAGAUGAUGCUUUUCUGUACCAAGAUGACUCAACAUCCCGUCAAAGAGCAGCCGUCACUGAGAUGCUGUAUCAUGAAUCGGUUCCAGAAUAGCUCACGACCCUAUACUCCGAAAUGUCACAGAAAUGUCACAAGUUGAAGCAGUUCUUCAUAGAGAACUUUAGCCAAAAAGCUUUCAGGGACUGAUCUAUUAGCAUAGAUAGUCUUUGUUAGCUGCUACUAAUGGUAAACAGUUAGGCUUCUCAGUAAAGGGAUUAUUUUUGUCAUCUGGAAACACUGCAUUGUGCACAAGUUUGUAAAUAAAAUUAUAUUAUUUACUGAGGUAAAUCCAUUCUGUUGAACAUUUUGUAUUAGUUCAUGCAGGUUUCUUUUAAACUAAUUUUAGUUUUGAUAGAAGAUCUGACAACUAAAAAUCGGACGGAGGUAUUUAUAUUUUGUAUACAGGCCGAGUUAAAAUAUUCUUAAGUAAACGACACAUCUGGUGCAGUUGUAACACAAGCACUUUUCAGCCUCAUUACAUUAUUUCUUUAGUUGUAUCGUACACAUCAUUCAAAAUGAUUAAAACUCGUAACGACUUAAUUAACAAACUAAAACAUAUUAUUACCCAUAUUUUUUUAGAGAAAUGUUUUUUGCUUAACAGAAAUUCCCAAACGCAUGUGCAGUUAAUACACUGCAAGCGGGUUUGCACCAAUAAGUUGCACUUUAGCACGUUUCCAGUCCGCUCGUGGAGAUGCGCGCGAAUAUGCAAUGUCAUUUCUGCACCACCCAUUGCUGUCCAUCCUUCUGUUCUACUCAUUCUUCGUUCAUUAUGUAAAAAUUUCCCUCCCAGGCCGUCUACCAACCACAACUUGCAUACUGGGGUGGAUAAAUAAUUCGCAUGAAUAUAUAAAUAAAUAAAUGUGGGAAGAGGCUGCAACUGAACUGCUGAUGUCAGGACUCCAGUGCAGCACUGCACAGCGCAGGCUGGGGGCGAGCCGCUUUCUGCUCCGGCGUCUUUUUCGUUUCACGCAUUUGAACAUCUGGAAACCAAGAUGUCGGUAAUCAAACGCUGCGGUCUGCUUUGCACCAUCCUGCUCUGUCUGGCUCCUGCAGUUCAUCCCAAAAAGAUAUUCCGAUGUCCUUCUGCAUGCGCCUGCUCCAAAGAGUCUAUCGUUUGUGUCGGAUCCUCCAAUGUCCCUCGCAUCAUCCCCAACGACAUCAACUCACUGAGUAUCGUCAACGGGACCUUCCCUGAGAUCAAAGAAGCUAUGUUCUCCCACAUGCCUUCUUUGCAGUUGUUGCUUCUUAAUUCAAAUUCCUUUACUGCCAUAAAAGACGAUGCCUUUUCCGGCCUGCCGCAUCUGGAGUAUCUGUUCAUUGAAAGUAACAAGAUGGAGACCACGACCAAGCACGCCUUCCGAGGCCUGCGGGACCUCACACACCUGUCUUUAGCAAACAAUAAUCUCAAGGCUCUUCCGCGGGACCUCUUUAACGACCUGGACUCCCUGAUUGAACUCGACCUCCGGGGCAACCUGUUCGAGUGCGACUGCCGGGCCAAGUGGCUGAUGGGAUGGCUGAAGAACACCAACGCCACAGUGUCGGACGUGUUCUGCGACGGCCCCGCGGACAUGAAGGGCAAGCGGCUGAACGACCUGGCCAGCCUGCGCAGCGAGUGCAUCUCCACCGACUUUGUCCUUCAUCAGUCAGUGGGAGUGGAGUCGCUCUCCACCGACACCUUUUCAUAUAAGAACGAUGUUUACGUGGCGCUCGCUGCCCCCAACGCAGAGGGCUGCAUGAUCAUGCAGUGGGACCACAUUGAGAUGAACUUCAGGACGUACGACAACAUCACAGGCCAGUCCAUCGUUGGGUGCAAGUCUGUAUUGAUCGACAACCAGAUUUUUAUCAUUGUGGCCCAGCUUUUUGGUGGCUCCCAUAUAUACAAGUUUGACGAAGACCAGAACAAGUUCACCAAGUUCCAGGACAUCGAGGUGUCCAAAAUAUCCAAACCCAACGACAUCGAGACAUUCCAGAUAGCUGAUGAGUGGUUCUUUGCGAUUGCUGACAGCUCGAAGGCAGGCCUGUCCACGCUUUACAAGUGGAACGGCAAGGGCUUCUACUCAGUGCAGACGCUCCACGAAUGGUUUCGGGACACAGAUGCCGAGUUUGUCAACAUGGAUGGUAAGGCCUACCUCAUCCUGGCCAGCCGUUCCCAGUGUCCAAUCAUCUACCAAUGGAACAGAGGCACCCAACAAUUUGUACAGCACUUUGAAAUCCCCAACAUGGAGGAUGUGGUGGCUGUCAAGGCAUUUCAGAUGAAGGAUGAGCUUUUUCUAGCCAUGACACGCUACAUCGGUGACUCCAAGGUUCUUCAGUGGACUGCAAGGCGCUUUACAGAGGUACAAGCCCUACCUUCGCGUGGCUCCAUGAUUCUACAGCCCUUCUCCUUCAAGGAUAGGCACUACCUGGCCCUGGGUAGCGAUUACACCUUCUCACAGAUUCACCUGUGGGAUGAAAACAAGAAGGUCUUCGAAAUGUUCAAAGAGAUCUACAUCCAGGCACCUCGCUCCUUCACCCCAGUGUCCACGGACCGCCGAAACUUCAUCUUCUCCUCCAGCUUCAAGGGCAACACGCAGAUCUUUGAGCACAUCAUCAUUGACUUGAGUUUGUGAAUUCAGGUCAGUUGCUCAGGGCUCCAGGAACUAGAGGAACAGAGACUUAAUGCACCUUUGUCAGAUACAAAUCGGUUGUUUGAUGAAGUAACCCCAUAUCUAUAAUAGAACCACUAAUUGACAAAAUCCUGAGCAACUAUACACCGGCUGAUGUAAAAAAAUAACAAUAACAUUUCAUUGAAAGUGAAAAUGGGAAGAAAUCCAUUAAAUUAGACAAUAAUGGCCAGUAGAAUGAGAGGUGCCCAUUAAUUCUUAUCUGCAUAGGAUCUGCUGAUGUGCAUUAAGGGCAAUUACAGUCCCCUCAUCAUCAUUCAUAUUUAAAAAGAUUUAGCAUUUUUUACACUUUCAUCCAUUCUAUUUUGCAAUUUAAUACACUGCACACUAACGUGAUUAAUUCUAAUAUAUGGGUGACACUUAUCCAUAAGAUGAGCAGUUGACUUAGGUAACAUCAGUUUGUCAUAUCAUACACUGGAAUAUUGCGUAACACUGUUUUAAGAUUAACGUUCUCUGUGCACACGGACUGGCAGAAGUGAUCAUGGUCUGUUUUCAGUCUCUACCUAAAAAGGCACCUCUGAUUACACUGAGACCUUCUGAACGAUAGUCUCAGACUUUUGUAAACAGUCUGCGAAUCCCAUGAAAAAAGUCCGGAAAGGCGUUAACGUUUUCCAUAUGCAGCAGUGACCUUCCAAGUACGUCUCAGUCAGUUUUUGGGGAAACGGCUCACCAAAAUAACCGAAGGUAAGACAUCUCCAUGCACGACAACAUCACAAACGCCACAUGAACCAUUUUGUUUAUUGCAUCACAAAAUCACUGGCAUCUGACUCUGAUUUCAAAGAAACAAAUCGUGAGAUUUUGUAUUACAACAGAUUUAUUACUAAUCUUAAAAGUUCACAUAAUAUUUCACUUGCCAACUAAUGGUAUGAUUUAUGUACAGGUAAGUAAUUAGCACGGAUUAUAUAUUUUCUCAUUAGAGCCGUUAAAUCAGCAGGAAACUUAGCAGGUAAACCACAUAAUACCCACUUCUAUUGCCUCUUUAUAAAACGGCCAGUCAGUCCUGGAACAUUUCACCAAACUCUGGUGUAAAUAGAUCCUGGCACUGGAGGAUGACUUGUGUCUUGUAAAUAAAAUAUAGAAAAAUGGACGUAAAUAAACGAAGAGUUAUCUUUGUUACUCAGGACAGUGAUGAGUAAUUUCACCUAUAAAACACUGUAGGUGAACAUUGCAGCUGAAUGCCAUCAAGGGGUAACGUACGACAUAACUGAAUCAAGUUUUAUACGACGUUUCAGGAUUGUUGGAACUGACAACACAGCAACUAUUAUAAUUCAUAAUAAUGAUAAUAACUAUCAUGAAAUACGCUCUGUGAUCCUCACACUUUUUGUAUCACGAUUUUGUGCAUCUUGCGUUACCCUGGAAAUGUAGCUAUUCUUCGAAACUGUAUGAAAUGUAAAUGAACAAUGCUUAUGAUGCAAUAAAAACACUGAGAAUGAACAACUGAAA